AUGGAAAAGAAAGAGAAAUCUAAAGGGCUUUCACUUCGACGAAAGAGAAAAAAGUCUAAGAAGAAGCACAAAGGAGUCGAAGAUAAAGCACAAACAGUUGAGAACGAAGGCGAGACUGAAGAAAAUCUUGAAGAGAAAUUUUCCUGGAAAGAAAGCGCACCGGAACUAGGCGAACUCUCAGUCGCUCCAUUGUCACCAGAAACGAAGCAAGAGGAAAKUCUUUGUGAUGAUUUGAGCCCUGGAAAAGAGCUUGAGGAGAAUGAGGGAAGUGGAAAUGAAAACAAACCUAAAGAAGGCGCUGAAGAAAAGGAAAAAAUUUCUAGAGUUCAAAAAUUCAAACGAUGGGCGAGCUUUACGAAACAGAAGAAGACGAAUGACUCGGUUGUCAUUGAGAAUGAGUCGCUUGACCUGGAAAAUUCUAAACCCACCAAAUCUUCGAUCCAGAACACCGAGUCUCUCGAUGAUCGGACGACUGAACUUCAUUUGAUCGAUGAGAGUUUACCUGGAGAAAAAGUAGAAGAUAUGGAAAACUCUGUGAAUGAAGAAGCAGUUAACGAACAUGAAGAUUCAGAAUGCCCUCCUUUGCCCGAGAAACAGCGAAGAAGAUCAGUCAGCCUUGACGAAACAACAGACAAAGAAAACUAUAGUCUAUCCCCUGAUAGUACCCAAAGAACAAGGUCUGCGAGCUUUGGAAAAGGGAACAUCCUUAGCUCGUUGACAGCAAGUCUUCGACGCGAGAAAACGAGAAAAAAAUCUCAAGAGAAAGAUGUCUCCGUGGAACAAGAUAACGAAAAAGCAGGUAACCAAAACGAAGAUGAAAUAUCAGAACCCGUUAUUGAGGCAUGUGCAAGGAAUAUACAGAACAAUGAAGACGUUAAUGAGGUAGAAAACGAACUUGAACAAAAGACACAAAAUUCUGUUGUUGACGACGAAGAAGAACAGCUUAAUGUCACAGCAACAGGUGAUGAGAAGAAAGAACCGCAAAACAUCGAAAGUCCAGUGAAAGAUGAACAACCAAAGAAGAAAAAGAAAAGUUUUCUCCGUAAAAUAUCCAGUAAAAAUCUGAAGGCAAGUAAGAAAGACGAGACAACAGAACCAAAAAAGCUUGAAAUAAGUGCUCCAUUGUUGGUCAAAUUCGAGAGCGUAACCGGAAAAGUGAGUCCAGAAAAACCCAACAAGAGAAAAAAGAGCGGACUGAAUAUAAAACUACCCAAAGCUUUGAAAAGAGUAAAAUCAACGGAGUACGAGGCGAUUGGAGAAGCAAAGGCCGAAAAAGAAAUCGAAACGGAUGAAAAGUUCGUACAAAACAAUCUCGAGAAAUCAAAGGAGGUGGAAGAGGAAAACGAACAAAGCCAGGAAGAAGGUACCGUAAAUUUGGAAAGCGUUGAAAAAGUUCAAGAAAGUGUAGAGAGUGAUAAAAUUGCUGGGAUUGAAGUGGGUAAGUCCGACUAUUCCAAAGAAGAGAAUAAAGAUGGGGAGACGUACUCUUUCUGUCGUGCGCUGAUGAAUGAUGUUCUUAAAGAACUCGUAGACCGCGUGACGAAAACAGAACAGGAUGACAAUCCAAGUGAAGAGAAUAACGUCGUGAGGGGAACGAACGACAUGCUGACUUCCAUAGCUGAAGAGACAAAAACAAUCGAAGAGGAGAAAAAGUUCAAUGAUGAAAUUAAGGAAGAAGAAGAGAAGUAUAGUGAGGAACAGGGUGACAAUCCAAGUGAAGAGAAUAACGUCGUGAGGGGAACGAACGACAUGCUGACUUCCAUAGCUGAAGAGACAAAAACAAUCGAAGAGGAGAAAGAGCUAAAUGAUGAAAUUAAGGAAGAGAAGUAUAAUGAGGAGCUGACGCAUCAUGAAGAUGAUGCUAGUGUCCAAGGAGAAAACGAGGAGAUGGUUGAAGAGAAAAGCAGUGAGCUUACCACAUCAGUGAAGGAAGAAGACCAAAAGCAGCUAGAGAAAAGAAAAGAAAACACUGAGCAUGAUAUAACCGAGCAGGAGAAGAACGAAGAUGAAAGAGAAUCUCAAGAUAUCGAGAACAGUUCCCAUGAAACUGAGGAAAAAAUUGUUCAAGAGCCGAAACAACACGAAGGCGAGCCGAAUAAACUAGAAGUGAGAUCGCAACCUGAAGACAUAACAACACGAAACGAAGACGAGGUAAAACAACCGAAAGGCGAGCCGAAUAAAUUCGAAGAGGAACCGCAACCUGACGCAAUGAUAACACAAUCUGAAGUCGAGGAGAAACAACCCGAAGAAAUGCCAACACGACCCGCGCCCGAAGGCGAGCCCAAAGAAUCCGACGAUACUUUACAGCGAGAGCAGGAUAAUCAAGUUUUGGAGCAGAAUGAAUCGCAACCAUCUGAAGCAUCUUCUGAAAAAUCUACAAAUGAACUGCAACCCGACGAUGAUAAGGCCAUGGCAUCCGAAGGUACGUCCAACUUGUAUAAGAACGAAGUUAGCCUGCUGGAGCGGAGUAUCGAGGUAUCAAUGAAGACCAAAGCCCUGGUGGACAGCUACAUUCUCAUCGACCACUCAUUUCAGCUCUCGCAGGAAUUCCUAAAACAAGUUGAAUUGAUGGACUUGAACUAUUCAAAAAAGCGCAAACCAUUCUGCAGUAUCAUGUAACUAAGAACCUGAUGGACUUAAAACAGUGGAUGAGA